GACGCGGCGUGGCGCCCCCUGGAGGUCGCGGGGACCCGGGCGCGGAGCAGGGGCGCGAUGGCGAUGGCGCUGUCCGGCGCGGACAGGGCGGCGGUGCGCGCCCUGUGGAGGAAGCUGGGCGGCAACGUCGGGAUCUACGCGACCGAGGCCCUGGAGAGGACCUUCUGCUCCUUCCCCGCCACCAAGACCUACUUCCCGCACUUCGACCUGAGCCCCGGCUCCGCCCAGGUCAAGGCCCACGGCCAGAAGGUGGCCGACGCGCUGACCACCGCCGUGGCCCACCUGGACGACCUGCCCGGCGCCCUGUCCGCCCUCGGCGCCCUGCACGCCCACAGGCUGCGCGUGGACCCCGCGCACUUCCAGCCACCAGCUGUCACCUGUGAUGAAGCAUGCAGGGCGAUGCGGCACCACAGACUCAGGCGCCAGAAGAUGCCGGGAUUCAAUGCCUGUGGGGAUGUGAGCCCCCCAUUCCAGCAUCCGCAGCCCAGGAGACACACACCUGUGCUACUGACACGGGCUCCUGUGCAGGUGAACCCUGCAAACGCUGCUCAGCACUGAAGCCGUCACGGGCCCCUCACCGCGUGCUUCCACUUACCUAGUGUCCAGAACAGGCAAAUCGACAGAGCAAGGUUAGUGGUUGUUUACAGGGCUGGUCAGGGGGAGGGACUGGUAAUGGGUAACGAGGUUUCCUUUUGGGGGCGAUGAAAUGUUCUAAAACUACACAGUGGUUAACUAGAAAGCGGAACAUUGUACAUUAAAAACCACUAAACUGUACACUUUAAUGCCGUUAACGUGUUGAAUUUUA